AUGAAGGGUGCAGUAGUUUUUAAUGGCCGUACAUCUGAGCCGUUUGACGUAUGUAGAGGUGUCAGACAAGGCUGCGUCUUAGCUCCUACCCUGUUUGGAAUUUACUUCUCGCUGAUAUUACGUGCAGCUUUCGGUGACAACCAACAGGGUAUCCAUCUGCACACGAGGACAGACGGAAAGCUGUUUAAUAUCUCUCUCCUGAAAUCUAAGAAAACCCGUGAGGAUCUUUUCGUUGAUAGUCUUCUCUUCGCUGAUGACGCGGCCUUCGUGUCUAAUUCCGCACAAGAGCUCCAGUCCAUGGUGGAUAAAUUCUCGCACGCCUGCUCUCUGUUUGCCAUGUCUAUAAAUCCCAAAAAAACAGUUGUGCUAGCACAAGGUGCUUCUACUACCCCGGCGAUUUCACUCGAUGGCGCGCCAUUAGAAGUAGUAGACAAGUUCAGUUAUUUAGGGUCGACUGUGUCGAACAAUCUCUUGCUUAAUGCCGAGAUCGACAUCCGCAUCGGCAAGGCGGCAACCAUGUUCGGGAAGCUAGGUACAAGGGUAUGGUACAAUAAGCACCUUACUACUAAGACCAAGAUGGUUGUCUUUCAGGCUUCCAUCUUAAGCAUACUCUUGUACGGAGCUGAAACCUGGACAUCGUAUGCAAAACAAGAACGUCGUCUUAACUGCUUUUACAUGCGUUGCUUACGAAAGAUCUUGGGUAUAACAUGGCAAGACAGGAUCACAAACGAGAGGGUUCUAGAAAUUGCACAGCUGCCUAGUCUGAUGGCGCUCCUCAAACAGAGACGUCUGCGUUGGCUAGGGCAUGUGCAUAGGAUGGAACCCUAUCGAUUACCACGACGUGUUCUUCUUGGUGCAGUAGCGAAUGCAAAAAGAGAUGUUGGGAGGCCGUUGCUUCGUUUCAAAGACUGCAUCAAGCGAGACAUGGCAGCAUUUAAAAUAGACCACCGUGACUGGGAGAAGCUCGCGGAAAAACGUCCUGAAUGGCGCAAACGUGUCGCAGAGGGUCGCAAAUUUUGCGAUGAAGCCUGGUUCGGAGUGCUUGCUGACAAGAGACAGAAAAGACAUGAACAUAGUUCGACACUAAUGUCCAGUUACUUCUCUUGUCAAGCCUGUGGUAAGAGAUGUCGCUCUCGUAUCGGUCUGUUCAGUCACGAAAGGCGUUGUAUCACAGACACCACCACAUAA